AUGAAUAGCUUUUAUACAAUCUUUCUUCUUCUUGUUUAUGCCACCCAAAACAGCAAAGGUCUACCAGAACAAGGGAUAAAAACUAUUACAGCCACAAAGGAGAUCUCAAGAUUUUCCUUUGUAAAGACAACAUACAAUCAAACCAAAGUAAAGCUGAAAAUUUCCUGCCAUUCAAAAGAUAAAGAUGUUAUUCUCGCUGUUAGAUGGGUCUUACGAUAUUCAUCUUGUGCCAAUGAACUUGUACUGAUUGGUGAUGACCAGCAAAGGAUAGGCAACUACAUGAGCAAUGACAUUAGGUACCAAGAUGAAAAUUACUCUAAGUUUGAAUUUUCUCGAGGCAGAGUUGAAGCCAAAUGUGAAACACCCACUUUCCUGACAGUAAGUUUAAAUUCUUUUUUUCUUUUUUCUCUUUCUUCUCUCUUUUCUCUUUCUUCUCUCUUUUCUCUUUCUUCUCUCUCUUCUUUCUCUUCUUCUUUCUUCUUUCUCUUCUUCUUUCUUCUUUCUCUUCUUCUUUCUUCUUUCUCUUCUUCUUUCUUCUUUCUCUUCUCUUUCUCUUCUUUCUUUUCUCUUUCUUCUUCUUUCUUUUCUCUUUCUUCUUCUUUCUUUUCUCUUUCUUCUUCUUUCUUUUCUCUUUCUUCUUCUUUCUUUUCUCUUUCUUCUUCUUUCUUUUCUCUUUCUUCUUCUUUCUUUUCUCUUUCUUCUUCUUUCUUUUCUCUUUCUUCUUCUUUCUUUUCUCUUUCUUCUUCUUUCUUUUCUCUUUUUCUUCUUUCUUUCUCUUUCUUCUUCUUUUCUUUUCUCUUUCUUCUUCUUUCUUUUCUCUUUUCUUCUUCUUUCUUUCUUUCUUCUUCUUUCUUUUCUCUUUCUUCUUCUUUCUUUCUCUUUCUUCUUCUUUCUUUUUCUCUUUCUUCUUCUUUCUUUUCUCUUUCUUCUUCUUUCUUUUCUCUUUCUUCUUCUUUCUUUUCUCUUUCUUCUUCUUUUCUUUUCUCUUUCUUCUUCUUUCUUUCUCUUUUCUUCUUCUUUCUUUCUCUUUCUUCUUCUUUCUUUCUCUUUCUUCUUCUUUCUUUUCUCUUUCUUCUUCUUUCUUUUCUCUUUCUUCUUCUACUUUUUCUCUUUCUUCUUCUACUUUUUUCUUUUUCUCUUUCUUUUUCUACUUUUUCUUUUUCUCUUUCUUCUUCUACUUUUUCUCUUUCUUCUUCUACUUUUUCUUUUUCUCUUUCUUUUUCUACUUUUUCUCUUUCUUCUUUCUUUUCUCUUUUUCUUCUUUCUUUUCUCUUUCUUCUUCUUUUCUUUUCUCUUUUUCUUCUUCUUUCUUUCUCUUUCUUCUUCUUUCUUUCUCUUUCUUCUUCUUUCUUUUCUCUUUCUUCUUCUUUCUUUCUCUUUCUUCUUCUUUUUUCUCUUUCUUCUUCUUUUUUCUUUUCUUCUUCUUUUCUUUUCUCUUUCUUCUUCUUUCUUUUCUCUUUCUUCUUCUUUCUUUUCUCUUUUUCUUCUUUCUUUUCUCUUUCUUCUUCUUUCUUUUCUCUUUCUUCUUCUUUCUUUCUCUCUUCUUCUUUUUCUUCUUUCUUCUUUCUUUUCUCUUUCUUCUUCUUUCUUUUCUCUUUCUUCUUCUUUCUUUCUCUUUCUUCUUCUUUCUUUUCUCUUUCUUCUUCUUUCUUUCUCUUUCUUCUUCUUUCUUUUCUCUUUCUUCUUCUUUCUUUUCUCUUUCUUCUUCUUUCUUUUCUCUUUCUUCUUCUUUCUUUUCUCUUUCUUCUUCUUUCUUUUCUCUUUCUUCUUUCUUUUCUUUCUUCUUCUUUCUUUUCUCUUUCUUCUUCUUUCUUUUCUCUUUCUUUUUCUUUCUUUUCUCUUUCUUCUUCUUUCUUUUCUCUUUCUUCUUCUUUCUUUUCUCUUUCUUCUUCUUUCUUUUCUCUUUCUUCUUCUUUCUUUUCUUUUCUUUCUUCUUCUUUCUUCUUCUUUCUUUUCUUUUCUUUCUUCUUCUUUCUUUUCUUUUCUUUCUUCUUCUUUCUUUUCUUUUUCUUUCUUCUUCUUUUUUUUUUCUUUCUUCUUCUUUUCUUUCUUUUCUUUUCUUUUCUUUUCUUUCUUUCUUUUCUUUUCUUUCUUCUUCUUCUUUCUUUCUUUUUUUCUUCUUCUUCUUUCUUUUCUUUUCUUUCUUCUUCUUCUUUCUUUUCUUUCUUUCUUUUCUUCUUUCUUUUCUUUCUUUCUUCUUCUUCUUUUUUUUUUUUUCUUUCUUCUUCUUUCUUUUCUUUUCUUUCUUCUUCUUCUUUCUUUUCUUUUCUUUCUUCUUCUUCUUUCUUUUCUUUUCUUUCUUCUUCUUCUUUCUUUUCUUUUCUUUCUUCUUCUUCUUUCUUUUCUUUUCUUUCUUCUUCUUCUUUCUUUUCUUUUCUCUUUCUUCUUCUUCUUUCUUUUCUCUUUCUUCUUCUUUCUUUUCUCUUUCUUCUUCUUUCUUUUUCUUUCUUUUUUUCUUCUUUCUUUUCUCUUUCUUCUUCUUUCUUUUCUUUUCUUUUCUUCUUCUUUCUUUUCUCUUUCUUCUUCUUUCUUUUCUUUUCUCUUUCUUCUUCUUUCUUUUCUUUUCUCUUUCUUCUUCUUUCUUUUCUUUUCUCUUUCUUCUUCUUUCUUUUCUUUUCUCUUUCUUCUUCUUUCUUUUCUUUUCUCUUUCUUCUUCUUUCUUUUCUUUUCUCUUUCUUCUUCUUUCUUUUCUUUUCUCUUUCUUUCUUUUCUUUUUCUUUUUCUUCUUCUUUUCUUAAAAAGGAUAUACUUUCUGGAAAAUGA